UCGGAGCACCCGUUCCCGUCUGCAAUUCCUGCGCGGCCACAUGCUGUCUUUUCUCUGCCGGCUCCCUCUGCAACCACGGCGCGGGCCGGAACUUUUGUCCUUAGGAACGGGUUUACAAAGCUGCGUGCUGCCGACCGGCAACGACGAGAACAGGGUGCCAUCCUCUUCCUCUUGCCGUCGCCGCCGCGGAGAGCCAAGCUGAUCAGAUAGAGGAACACGGUUACUCGGCUGGCUGGGUCUAUGGUCGCUCCGUGGGCCGCUCCGCCGGCUGGUGUUUUUUUAUCAGGGCAAGCUGUGUUCCAUGGCUGGGAACUUCUGGCAGAGCUCCCACUAUUUGCAAUGGAUUUUGGAUAAACAAGAUCUGUUGAAGGAGCGCCAAAAGGACUUAAAGUUUCUCUCAGAAGAAGAAUAUUGGAAAUUACAAAUAUUUUUUACAAAUGUUAUCCAAGCAUUAGGUGAGCAUCUUAAAUUAAGACAACAAGUUAUUGCCACUGCUACAGUCUAUUUCAAGAGAUUUUAUGCCAGGUAUUCUUUGAAAAGUAUAGAUCCUGUAUUAAUGGCUCCUACGUGUGUAUUUUUGGCAUCCAAAGUAGAGGAAUUUGGAGUAGUCUCAAAUACAAGAUUGAUUUCUGCUGCUACUUCUGUAUUAAAAACUAGAUUUUCAUAUGCCUUUCCAAAGGAAUUUCCUUACAGGAUGAACCAUAUAUUAGAAUGUGAAUUCUAUCUUUUAGAACUAAUGGAUUGUUGCUUGAUAGUGUAUCAUCCUUAUAGACCUUUGCUCCAGUAUGUGCAGGACAUGGGCCAAGAAGACAUGUUGCUUCCCCUUGCAUGGAGAAUAGUGAAUGAUACCUACAGAACGGAUCUUUGCCUACUGUAUCCUCCUUUUAUGAUAGCUUUAGCUUGCCUACAUGUAGCCUGUGUUGUACAGCAGAAAGAUGCCAGACAGUGGUUUGCUGAGCUUUCUGUGGAUAUGGAGAAGAUUUUGGAAAUAAUCAGGGUUAUUUUAAAACUGUAUGAGCAGUGGAAGAAUUUUGAUGAGAGAAAAGAGAUGGCAACUAUUCUUAGUAAGAUGCCGAAACCAAAACCACCUCCAAACAGUGAAGGAGAGCAGGGUCCAAAUGGAAGUCAGAACUCUAGUUACAGCCAAUCCUGAAACAUUCCGAAGAAUUCCAUAGUGGAUCACUUGGAAAAAAAAACCAUUGGACAGAUUUCAGUAAUGUCUUCAGUGGAACACAAAUGAAAAUGAAUAGCUUGUUUCUGUCAAGCGUAUUGGAAGUGAUUUUAUUUUUGCAAAAUAUUUUUUUCUUUGCUUAAAUUGAUUCUAAUACAUUGAUUAAAAUCUCUUGAUUAUAAAACUUUGGAAAGGUUCUAAGGGGACCUACAGACAGACAUACAUGGACAUUUCAAAAUUAAUAGCUUUUUGAUUAGUAUACUUUUUUUAAAUUUGGAUAAUAGAAGUUAUAGCUUUUUAUUAUAAUUAAUCCAAGAAACACAAAGCAUAAUUUGUUUAAAAUUCUCUUUGGUCACCGAAGGACCAAAAAAGAACAUAAAAAGUCAAAUAUAUGAGGGUUUUUUUUUCCCUCCUUAAUUUAAACUUUUAAACUAUAGUUUAAGGAAUCAAAUCUUACAAAAUCCUGGAAGAUUUUGAUAAUGAUGUUGAUAAUUUCAGGGAAAUUAAUCAAGUACCUAUUGAUUUAAAAGUGUAUUUUAUUCAGUAGUUUUGAUAUCUUGCAUGGAAGAUACUAGCCCAGUUUAGCAGAAAAGUGCAAUAUGUAUAGCAUACUUUUGACAUUUAAAAAGUUAUAUUCUGUAACCAUUUUGAAAUGCUGGGCAAACUUAAAAAAGAAAAAGAUCCUACUUGAAGUUAUUUGCAAUUGAUUCACAGUUUAAUCAGGCAUUUUGAAAGUUAAUUUGAUAAAACACCAUAAUAUGGUUGAAAUUUGGUAAAAUUUUAAUGUUAAUUUUACUCUACUGUGAAAAGUUUUUAUAAGGUAUACACACCCUAGUUUAUUUUUGUGUUUUAGUAUGGAUUUACAAAUUUACUACAGAUAUCCUGAGCCAGGAACGUAAUCAGGUUUCAGGCCAGUUUGAUACUGGCUGUUCUUAAUUCUGAUAUUAGUGUAGGACUUCAGACUAAAUAUUAUGUCAGUGGGACUGUGCUGUCUGUGCAACUCGAUAAAUUAAUCAUUUUCUUCAGACUUGAAGGAGAGUGAUAAAAUUUGGAGACAUAGGAUGUUGAUGUACGCUUUAAGGAUUAAAAUUUUUUUAUAAAUCAGUUGUGAGUAAUGGAUUUUUAAGUUAAAUGUUGACUUCCUAGUAUAAAACUAUAAGAAUAAAAGUAAGUUCUCCAGA